ACGAGGUCACAGAGGCGAACUAGUUGUCAUCGCUCCAGUAAAUUGCCCAACGUUAUGUAAAUGUAGAUUCUGUGAAAAUGGCAAGCAGCGAUCAGGAGGCCCAGGAAAAUGAACUGUUAGCUCUAGCCAGUAUAUAUGACAGUGAUGAUAUCUUUACAGCUUCCGAAACGGGAAGUGAACCCGGAGGCCAAUUUAUGGCUUGCUUGGAUCUGCCACCUUCAUUCUGCGUAAAGUUUGGAAUUUGGAAAAACAACCAUGAAGAGCACCAGCUACAAUUUCUUCCACCAAUUGUGCUUAACUUUCAACUGGUACCUGACUACCCUUCAAAGAACCCCCCAAAUUUUACUCUGUCCUGCAAGUGGCUGUCAAAGGAACAGCUGACAAGACUGUGUAAAAAGCUGGAUGAAAUUUGGUUAGAGAAUGAAAAUCAGGAAAUUCUGUUUUUGUGGAUGAGUUUCCUGAAAGAUGAGGCAAUGGAAUAUCUUCAUAUCCAAAGUCCUCUGGACCUGUCAAACAUCUUAUCAAAGAAAGCAAGAAAGUCGUCUUCCAUGAAAAUGGAAAAAGGCAAUUUUACACCAUAUGAUAAAGGACAGGGUAAAAAAAUCAUGGACUCAAACUAUGACUCAAGAGCUGUGCAAGACAUUGCUUCACAAGAGCUCCUUUUACCAGCUUUGUUAGAGUACAACAAGGCAGAAAAAGAGGCUGCAUUUAAAAGGACUUUGUAUGCAUGCAAUGUUUGUUUCCUUGAAAAGCUUGGGACAUUGUGCAUGCAAUUUUUAGAUUGCGACCAUGUGUACUGCAAGGAAUGCAUGAAGGAUUACUUCACAGUCCAAAUCACUGAUGGAAACGUCAAGGCAUUGACUUGCCCACAUGACAAGUGUCAAUCACAGGCACACCCUUCCCAGGUAAAAGAAUUAGUUGGAGCUGACCUGUAUGCAAGAUACGAUCGCCUGUUACUGCACACCACCCUGGAGACAAUGGCAGACAUUGCCUACUGUCCCCGCCCCAUUUGUCAGACCCCUGUGUUACUGGAGAAGGAAACAACAUAUGGAUGCUGCUCUGAGUGCAGUUAUGUGUUUUGUACUAUCUGUAAGCUGACUUAUCAUGGGGUGUCCCCUUGCAGGAUAAGACCAGAUGAGUUCAAUGAACUUUGUGAGCAGUAUCGCAAUGGGUCACCUGAAAAAAAGAAAUUGUUGGAGCAGAAAUAUGGAGCUGCUAACUUGAAGAAAAUAUUGGAUGAGAAUGUCACCAGGAAAUGGAUUGAAGAAAACAGCAAGCAGUGCCCAAGUUGUGGAUCUUCUAUUGAGAAAAUUGAUGGCUGCAACAAGAUGACUUGCACCAAAUGUCACUCCUACUUCUGCUGGUUGUGUAAAGCCCCUCUGAGCCGCAGUAAUCCAUAUGGACAUUUCAACACACUCGGCUCAGGAUGCUUCAAUAAACUUUUUGAGGGAGUGGAGACCAACCGGGACUUCUUCGAAGAGGCUGAUUUCUUUGAUGACGACGAUGACUGGGAACCUUAUUAAAUGUUGGAAAAAAUACUGACGAAAAGUUAUUAUUAAGGUUUAUGAGUGAUGAUUUAUACGGACGGUUUAAUUAAUAUAGUGUAUUGGUGUAAAAGUGGAUUUUGUAUGACGGAGUGGGGCUGUUGCUGCCUGGAAUUGCUGCUUCUUAAAACCAUUUUUUUUCAGAAAUUGGUGAAGCAUGAUGGCACACAGCAUGAUUUGUAUUUGAUAUAUUAUCAAACAUUAUGUUAAUAGGGAGUCGAUGUUUUGGACAUAAUUGCAGCAAUGCAGUCAGGGUCUUCAAAGUUUAAGGGUAUUUUCAACAUAAGCCUCUGUCCUGGUCGAUGCUUUUAAUUGAAAAGACAUGAGCUUUUCCCCCGAAAUUGUGGAAUUCCAUAUUUUAAAUUCAGUUCAUCAUGCGCCCAGACUCCCAGCCAGUAGGUAUUGGUGCCAUAAUAAUGUGUCAGAUUUGUUAAAAAACCAAGACUCAUGUCUAAUAAAAGUUUAGAGGAUAUAAUCACAAUAUGGUGUCUUCUACAGAAGCAGUUGUAUACAUGAAAAUUGGAUUGUUUUUUACAUUUAAAAGGUUGUGGUAUAAGGUGGUGUAUUUUAAAAAGGUGCUUAAAAUUAUCCAGUUAUAAUGCCAAUGGAUCCAGAGAAGUGGCCUCAUUUUCUUGUGAUAACUAUCAUAUUGCUGUAAUUUAACAGUUAGGGUUCUUUAAAUUUUAAUUUCAGUUGUUAUAUUGGGGAAAAUGAAGAGAUCUAAGUUAUACAGAAAAUUCAUUGUUCCAGAUAAAACCAUAUUACAGUUAGUGAAAUUUGUAUGCUAUCUUGAAAUUCAGUGAUUUGAUCUGAUAGCAUUUGAUCUAGAUAACAUAAUAAUGUCUGUCACAAGCUUACUUAGGCUAUGUUGCAUACACUGAUUAGCUUCUGUCCAUUGUCAAGAGGAUGUAAAAAUGGCAUAUUUCUUUUUUCUCUAAUUUUUAUUUUUGUAGUUAUGGGAAGUAGGUUAGUAUGGUGCAGAAAGUCACUGUGCAAUUUUGUUUACUCUAGAAAUAACAUUAGGCAAGUUGUUAAUUGUGAGUGUUGGCAUUUUUGUUGGUUCUAAUUUGUUUAGAUUAUGUCAGCUUGAUUGGUACUCUUUUCAUAUUUAAUUGUUAAAAUAAAAGUCACAAUGGAAAAUAAUUUUCAAAU